AUGGGUCCACUUCAUCAUUUCUCGGGGAUUUCAGUUGCGCGCCGUGGUGAUGGUCUGUUUCUUCCACAGCGACAGUAUCUCUUGGACAUUCUGGACAGGGCGGGCAUGCAUGACUGCAAGUCGUGCUCCACUCCCGUGGAGACCCACUCCAAGUUGUCAGCUGACGGUACGCCUGUGACAGAUCCUACUCACUAUCGUAGUAUUGCUGGAGCCUUGCACUACCUCACUUUCACUCAUCCAGACAUCGCCUUCGCUGUUCAGCAAGUGUGCCUGUUCAUGCAUGACCCCAGAGAACCUCACCUCGCUGCUAUGAAACAGAUCCUCUGGUAUUUGCAGGGCAGCCAUGACCUCGAUCUUCGCCUUUCUCGGAGUGCACCUCUUGAACUUACAGUGUACUCUGAUGCAGACUGGGCAGGAUGUCCAGACACUCGCCGCUCCACCUCUGGGUACGCUGUGUUCCUUGGUGACAACCUUGUUUCAUGGUCUUCCAAGCGUCAGGCAACAGUGUCCCGUUCGAGUGCUGAGGCCGAGUAUCGAGGCGUGGCAAAUGGCGUCGCUGAAGCUUGUUGGCUGCGGCAGCUGCUUGGUAAAGAACUCUGA